CCGACGACACCGCGACCACGUCACCGACCGCCACCUCCGCGCUUUACGGCCAGCCUGGGGCUUCACGACAGCGCCGCGAUUUCUCCGGCUGUCGAAAAUAAACCGCGAUUUACGGCACAGCGAGGGCACGUCGACAGCUAUGGCGGAAGGGGAGGAGGCGCUGCCGAGCAGCUGGGAAAAAGACCUUGAAGAAGCUCUAGAAGAAGGAGGUUGUGACCUUGAAACAGUAAGAAACAUAAUUCAAGGGAGACCACUGCCUGCUGAUUUGAGGGCCAAAGUCUGGAAGAUAGCACUGAAUGUUGUAAGAAAAGGGGACAGUCUGGCAUCCUGGGAUGGUGGUUUAGAUCUACCAGAACAGAGCAUAAUUCACAAGGAUUGCCAAGAGCUAAUUGAUCAGCUGACAGUGCCAGAAGAAGAGGAGAAGUCAGUAUUACUUUUGGAUAUUGAAUCCGUUACUACCUUUUAUUGUAAAUCACGUAAUGUUAAAUACAGUUCCUGCCUCGGUUGGAUACAUCUACUGAAGCCAUUGGUGCAUCUUCGAAUUCCACGCAGUGAUUUAUACAACUGCUUUUAUGCUAUCAUGAACAAGUACAUUCCUAGGGAUUGUUUCCAGAAGGGGAGACCAUUUCAUCUAUUUAGGCUUCUCCUCCAGUAUCAUGAGCCUGAACUGUGCUCCUUUCUUGACACUAAGAAGAUGACACCGGAUUCCUAUGCACUCAACUGGCUUGGAAGCCUCUUUUCAUACUACUGCUCAGCUGAAGUCACUCAGGCAAUAUGGGAUGGAUACCUACAACAAGCAGAUCCAUUUUUUAUUUAUUUCUUAAUGUUAAUCAUCCUUGUCAAUGCAAAAGAUGUUAUUUUAGCACAAGAAUCAGACAGCAGAGAAGAAAUGAUAAGAUUCCUAGAAACUUCCCCAGCCAGUUUGGAUAUAGAAGAUAUAGAAGACCUUUUCUCUUUGGCACAGUAUUAUUAUAGUAAAACUCCAACUUCUUUCAGAAAGAACAACAUCAGUCUCUUUGGCAGCAGCUUAUUGGGACUCAAAGAUGACGACACAGACUUGAGCCAAGCUCUCUGUCUAGCGAUUUCAGUAUCUGAGAUUCUUCAAGCAAAUCAGCAACAAGGGGAAGGAGUAAGGUUCUUUGUAGUGGAUUGUCGUCCUGCGGAACAGUACAAUGCUGGGCAUUUAUCAACAGCAUUUCACCUAGACUCAGACUUGAUGCUCCAGAACCCAUCAGAGUUUGCACAAUCUGUAAAAUCCUUGUUAGAAGCACAGAAACAAUCCAUUGAGUCUGGCUCCAUAGCUAGUGGGGAGCACCUCUGUUUCAUGGGAAGUGGCAGGGAAGAGGAAGACAUGUAUAUGAACAUGGUGUUGGCACACUUUUUACAGAAAAACAAGGAAUAUGUAAGCAUUGCCAAAGGAGGAUUCAUGGCACUCCAGCAGCACUUAGCAGACAUCAAUGUGGAAGGACCCGAAAAUGGAUAUGGCCACUGGAUUGCUAGUACCUCGGGCUCAAGAAGUAGCAUAAACUCCUCUGUUGAUGGUGAUUCUCCUAAUGGUUCAAGUGAUGGAAAAGGAGUCAAGUCCUUGGUAAAUAAAAUGACUGUUGCUUUGAAGACUAAAUCUGUGAAUGUGAAAGAAAAAGUUAUUAGUUUUAUUGAAAAUACAUCAACUCCUGUGGACAGAAUAUCUUUCAAUCUUUCCUGGCCAGACAGAGCAAGCAUGGAGCGACAUGUUAGCAGCAGUGACAGAUUGGGAAAACCCUACCGUGGUGUGAAACCGGUGUUCAGCAUUGGAGAUGAAGAAGAAUAUGAUACUGAUGAAAUUGAUAGUUCCUCAAUGUCGGAUGAUGACCGAAAAGAGGUAGUCAACAUCCACACAUGGAUAAAUAAACCAGAUGUGAAGCAUCAUUUCCCUUGUAAUGAAGUGAAAGAAAAUGGACACAUGUUUCCUAGUCAUCUCUUAGUAACUGCAACACAUAUGUACUGUUUGAGGGAGAUUCCAUCACGAAGGGGAUUGGCUUACAUACAGUCUCGGCAGGCCCUAAACUCGGUAGUUAAAAUUACAUCCAAGAAGAAACACCCAGAAUUAAUCACCUUUAAAUAUGGAAACAGCAGUACUUCGGGCAUAGAAAUUUUGGCAGUUGAAAGGUAUUUGAUUCCAAAUGCAGGUGAUGCUACCAAAGCCAUAAAACAACAGAUCAUGAAAGUUCUGGAUGCGUUGGAGAACUAAUAACAAAAAAACUUUUAAGAUAAUGGUUUAAAAAGAAAAGAGGCAACCAAGACACUGUAUGUGGACACAAAAUGACUGCUUUCCAACUGAAUACUAAUCUAAGAGAACAUCUCUGUUUGCUGAUGGGAAUACCUGAGUAGCAGGCUUAAAAUAGGGUAAAUUAUUAAUUUCUCAGCAGGAUUUCAAUCAUUUUUUUGUUUAACAAUUUUGGUUUUUUUUGCAAAAGUUGUUUAUUAUAAAGGUCAAGUUUUUUAAAAGCAGCUUUAAUGUAGCAGUUCAGUUGUGUAGAACUAUAUGAAGGGAAUGCAGGUCUUUCAGGUAUGGAAAAAUAGUUGAAAUGUCAUAAAUAACCUUGAGAAUUAGAAGUCAAAAAUGUCUAAAGCCUAAUGCCUGUAAAUUUGAUUUUGCCUACUGGUAGUAUCAAGUAUUGUUAUCAGUCCUUAGGUUUGUAAACAGAAGAGACAAAAGCUCAGUAAUACUACUUAUGCCUCUCAAAAUGAUUGGAACCCAAUUCAAUCAAUCUUCAACUCCAGGUGAUUGAAAAAUGCAAACCAUACUGUGGAGGGGGGAAAAAGGUUGUUGGGGUUUUGUUUUUUUUUUUUAAACCUACUAUACACUAUCAGGUAAAAUAAUUUGAAUGGUUAAAUGACUGUUUUUAAAUACUAGACUGAACUGUAUACAAUAAGAAAACUUACCACAGGAUUAUGAUUUUUGUAAUUAUGCAAAUUAAAUGUUUUCUGAGUUGAGGCAGUGUUACUAUUGUAAUAAAAAUGCGUGAGUGCUUUUGAGCAAAUGAAAUUGGAAUUCAUGCUUCACAUGACAGAUUACUAGCUGAAAGUGAGUUGUCUGCCUCCAUCAAAAGUGAAAUAAUCUAAUAAAAUAUAUUCUUUGGGCUGUCAUUUCAAAACCAUUCAGUUCAGCACAGAUGGAGUUGUACUAACUUGAAGGUGUGUUCUGCAACAAGAACACACCUAAUGCACACAAAUAAAAUAGUGGUCAAAGCACUCAAUAUCUGUGAUAACUAUUUGUUAUCUUCAAGGCCAUAUGGAUUUUUCCUUUGAAUAACAUUUUAAAUUCUUUAAUGCCAGAGAACUAACUACUAUUCUGGCAUCUUUCAGAUGUGAUCUAAAAUAGCUUUCACUAAUCUGCAGCUUUCAGAUUUCAUCUAAAUUUGGUUCUCAAGUUAGCAAACCAAUCCUGGAAUGCCCUUAUGGCCAUGGAAUAGUUUGUGUGUAUGCUGAUGCUGAAAGUAGCAAAAACUCUGGAAUGAUGAUUAUGGGAAUCAGCUGUACUGUGUGGAAACCACUUACAUCAAUUUUACAUUUUAUUAACUGUAAAUACUAUCAUAAGGAAAUAAAUGAAACUGACCUUUAUAAAAAUCAGCUAUUUUAAGUUAUUUGAGUAGGAAUCAAGCUAAGGCACCUUAAUUCUGGAACAAAUUCCUUUUUAAAAAAAUAUAUGAAUAAACACCAAUAGAACUUGAACUAUUGGAAGUAUUUGCAUGAAAUUGCACCUGGCCCAAUGCUCCUGUAUUUAUAGUUUUGCCCUGCAGCUGUUGUAUUACAUUCCCCACUUCCUGUCCUCUGAAGAGCCUCUGAUUCUGUGCCUACUUCAGCAAUGAGAUUUUUUUUCAUAAUGUUAAUGUAAAGAUGUUUGUGUUACUGUUUAUAACUACAAUUGUAAAUAAACCAGUACAAUUUGAACAUAA